CCACAUCGUCUAGCCCACAGUUUCAUUGGACGUUCACUGCACGACCGCCUCAGGACCACAAUUUGCAUGCCUGGGAAGGGUGCGCGUGCGCACUGGCGGCGGGAACGCGAGCCAUCGUGCCAGACGUUAGCGUGCCUCAAAGUGGGAAAGAUGGAACUCGGUGUUGUGGCUGUAGUGUCUGCUGUUGCCUGGGUAGUACAUUGGAACACGUUGGCUGCAGACUUCGCCUACGAUGACAGCCGAGCCAUCAAAACAAACCAGGACCUACUGCCCAGCACCCCCUUAUCUAACCUCUUCAGGGACGACUUCUGGGGCACCCCACUCAUUCACAGCGGUUCCCACAAGUCCUACCGGCCACUAUGUGUCUUUUCUUUCCGUAUAAACUUCUGGCUGGGGGGAUUUGAUCCCUGGGGCUAUCAUUUAGUCAACGUUCUUUUGCACGCCCUAGUUUCCGGUCUCUUUACUCACCUAGCGGCAGGAGUCUUUCUACAGCACUCGCUGCCUACUAUGGUGGCCGGCCUGUUAUUCGCCGUCCAUCCCAUCCACACGGAAGCCGUAGCAGGAGUAGUAGGUCGUGCGGACGUCGGCGCCUGCCUCUUCUUCCUGUUGGCCCUGCAGGCCUAUGUCCAGUACUGUAAGUGGCGGGAUAAAGAACCCGAAUACUGUGGUCGCCGCUGGAUGGCGCUUUACGGGGCGCUUGGACUAGCCACAGGGGCCAUGCUGACCAAAGAACACGGCAUUACAGUGCUUGGAGUGUGUGCUGUGUAUGACGUUUUGAUCCAGCACCGUCUAACACCUAGGGACAUUCCCUCGCUUCUGGUAGAGAAACGAUAUCAGGGUCUCCGCGAGGGGCUGCUACACCUGGUGGGAGCAGCCAUAGUGCUGGUGGGGUUCAGAGUUCAUUUAAUGGGCAGGAAGCCCCCGGAUUUCGCCCCAGCAGACAACCCAGCUGCAGACAGUGACAGUUUCGUGACUCGAACUUUAACCUUCCUCUAUCUCCCAGCCUUCAACUUCUGGUUGCUGCUAUGCCCACUGUGGCUCAGUUUCGACUGGUCUAUGGAAGCUGUGCCCUUGGUCUGCUCCAUCUUCGACCCCAGAAAUCUCGUAACCCUGUGUUUCUAUGGGGGAUUAAUUUAUACAUUUCUCUUUGUACACAGACACUUGCCUAGGAGGGGAGCUCCUUCAGAAAGUGCCUUUAGUCUAGUGGGCUCUACUAACACUUGCACUUGUCAGACUCUGAAUCAGAGUCCAAAACUUUCCUUUUAUUCGAACCACAGUGGACCAGCACAGAGACACAAAAAGUUUACUCCUAUAUUGAACAAUAACAACAACAAUCACGCCUUUAUUCAGUCAACUUGUAACGGACACCGUGUUUCCAAUGGAACCUGUAAUGCACCACCACCGGUGUGUCAGCCAACUAUCUGCUACUCCGCUUCCGACUGUUGCGAAUGUGCUGUAACCUGCUCGUACCGUCUGGACGCUGUGAUCCUCUCCCUGGCAUUCCUGGUACUGCCAUUCAUUCCAGCCACCAACCUGUUCUUCUACGUGGGCUUCGUUAUCGCCGAACGUGUGCUCUACAUACCCUCGGUAGGUUUCUGUCUGCUCGUUGGAUUAGGAUUAGAACAACUGUACAAGUACCAGGAGAGUUCCAGGAGAAGAAAAGCGUUGAUAUGUACCAUGGUGAUUCUGCUCGUCCUCUUCUCUGUGAGGACUUUCCGAAGAAACCUAGACUGGCGUACAGAAGAAAGCCUCUACAGAUCUGGUAUACACAUCAAUCCCCCAAAAGCAUACGGAAAUCUGGCUAACAUCUUGAGUGCUCAAGGCAAGAAGACGAAGGCCGAAUGGGCGUACAGAAAAGCACUUACUUACCGGUCCAAUAUGGCGGAUGUCCAUUACAAUUUGGGUAUAUUGCUACAAGAACAAGGAAGAUUCGAAGAAGCGCUGCAGAGUUAUAAAGUUGCGAUACAGUUUCGACCCCGGCUUGCAAUGGCCCAUCUCAAUAUGGGGUUAGUGCUGGGAAUUCUGGGAAGAAAAGAAGAAGCUAUUGAAGUUUACCGCCAUUGUGCCCAGCUAGACAGUGCAGGCCUGAAAGAUCCUAAGAAGCAUGAAAGUACUAAAAUAUCGGCACUUUUCAAUCUGGGUCGUUUGUACGCCGAUGAAGGAAAGUACCAUGAAGCUAUUGAUGUUUAUCAGGAAGCAAUGCACAAGAUGCCUGACCAUUAUCAACCACAGUCACUGUACAACAUGCUAGGCGAAGCCUUCUUCAAACUGGGAAAGUUCGUCGACGCCGAACAGUGGUACAAAGAGGCCUUGCGGGUCAAACCAGAUCACGUUCCUGCGCAUCUUACAUACGCGAAACUAUUAUCGAAAUGGCACCGACCUGUAGAAGCGGAGCAGUGGUUUCUUAAAGCAAUGUCUAUCGCUCCUAAUGACUCCAGUGUCUACCAGCAUUACGGUCAGUUUUUAUCAGAAUCAGAACGGCACAAUGAAGCCGCCGAAACUUACCUUCGAGCUGCUCAGUUGGCUCCUGAAGAAUACGAGAUCGUCUUCAACGCCGCUAACACCCUAAGGCAAGCUGGUCGAAAUGCGGAAGCCGAAGACUACUACCACUUAGCGGUCAAGUUACGGCCAAAUGAUGUAACGAGUCACAUGAAUCUAGGAGCCAUGCUUCACGUGAACGGAAAGCUUCUGGAAGCGGAGUCAAGUUAUUUGGAAGCUCUUCGUUUGAAACCUGAUGAUCCUAUUACCCAUAACAAUUUGCAAAAGCUUCGAAAUUUGCUGGCACAGAAAAGGAUUCAGCCCACACCUCAACACCGACGAUAAGCUGAAAUUAUAGACCGAAAAAAAGUAAGAAAAAAAGUCAAUGAUCUACUGGCGACGUUAAACGAUAAAUGAUAUUUCCAGCUGAAGAUCUCAUUAAGGGAAAGUAAAUGUCAGAUUUUGUUUCAGAAAAUAUAUGCCCUAUUUUACUGUCGCCAGCAAAGAACAUAAGAAGUGAUAGAAUGAAGAGAACUAUAGUUUAAACUCAAAAUAUAUAUAUAUAUACUGCCUUCCAUUAUUUUUGUCACACGAAGCAUUACUAGUGAUAUCAGAGAAUCACAACAAAGCUGCAGCUUAGAUCCAAGAGAUGAUGUUGCCUAGGAACCAGAAACUUUAACGGUGAUUACGUGGAUAGUCACAAUAGAACUAAAGUUUAGAUUUAAAAAAAAAAAUUGUAUUGCCUUACGUUACUGCUAGAAACAGGAAACCUUGCCCAUGAUGACGUGGUAGAAGUGUUACAGAGUUCAACUUUAGGCCUAAUGAACAUUGUUGGCAACUAACAAUUACUAUAGUGAUUGCCUGGAAGAUCCAGAAUGAAGAUGUGUAAUUGUAGCCCAAAUUAUUGCGUAAUGAUGUUGGCAACGUGUGUGUUUUAUUUGUUUGUUUUCUUAUCGGUAAUGGUUUAGAAGGACUUUAUCAAAGUUGUGGCUUUGGUGUUGAAAUUGGCAGAAAAUCAUUUUCAGAAAAAAAUGGGACAUGAAGGAACUAUAACAAUAUGGCUUGAUCUGCUGCCUCGUUUCGCUGAACGUGGCAUAUUUACCACUUUUCAAGGGACUAUUAAAUGCGUAGUUCUAGUUAGAAAGAGGACACACCAACCAUCUGCUUGACCAAUUAAUAAUGAGAUUCACCCCAAUCCUGUCAAUCCACUAACAACAAAUGUCUGUGCCUCAGAAAAUAAGAUUGUAACAGUAAAACGAAACAGCAGAUGAAUUAGCUUAUGCUUUACUAGUUGUAUUACAGUGGCCUAGUAUCUUAUGCUGUUAUAAAGUGGUAUAAUAUGUUUAUUGUAGAAACUUUACAUGUAUUGCUGCUAAGGGAUUACAGUACACAAAGCGAUAUUACUUCUUAAAGAUAUUCUUCCAAAUUUGCUUUUGAAAUUUCAGCAAAGGUAAGCUUGAGCUAGUUUGUAUAUUUAAUGCGGUUUGGGGCGACAUCUAUAAAAUCAAAUCAUCCAUUAGAAAUGAAAGAUAUAUAUAGUCCGAAUUCAGAAAUGUAAUAUUCUCAUCUAGAAUGAUAUAUUUUCUAUUUACGUAUGAAAAAAAAAGGUUUUCCCUUUGAAGUAAUUUAAUUUUUUUAUUCUAAUUUGAAAGUAAUAUAUAUAUAUAUUGCGCUUUUCUUUGAUGUUCCACAGUAAUUUUGAAGGUGUAAUUUUUACAUUUGCUUCAGAAGCUGUAAGACUAGAUGAAGAAGGAAACGACCUCACAUGUCGCCUAAAUAUACGUUUAAACCGAACAUUCAUUUUUUUUAUUGUUGGAUGUACAAGCUUCACACAUCUGUUGUAACAUAUUGUUGUGUUACAUGACACUUGUUUGGAGUGACACAAAGUUCACACCAUUCGUUUCUCAAUGACAGUGUCUCCUUGAAAUAACUGGAGGCUUUCUAGUCAAAUAUGGAUAUACAACUUUUGAAGAUAUUGUAUCUGUUCUAGAGCUUUAUUAUAUCAGUACUCUUGUGAUCUGAAUUUUAUCAUGGUUGUAGGGAAAUAUCUUAAAAGCGCACGAAAUGGUUUACCUUUACUUUCUCACUCGCAUCAUUCGUCAUCGAUACACUAAUCCUUAAUUCCACUAAACCAUCGCACUUUUAAAUUGAUUGUAGAUGUUGUGAAAGAAGAUAAAUGAAUAUAAGUUCGUAAAUAUCUCGGAUAUUAUGGAGACAAAUAAUGUUCCGACAAAAAUCAACUUAAUGUGUGUUACAAGGAAGUAAAACUGUACAAUAAACAAAACAAUAGAACAGCUUCCAGUUUCGAUUAACACCAGAACGGUGUUAUAAAAUGCUUUAGUUUUUUUUGUGUGUGGAAUACGUUAACACUAUUAAAAUCGUGCGUCACUGAUUGGUAUGCUUUUUGUUAUUGAUUUUUUUUCUCUCUCUCUUGAUGAUAUUGGAUAUGAAAAUCUCGAAUAUCAUCUUAUCUCUUGUAAGUUGCAUGCAAGAAAGUUUGAAGAACAGGAUUUGGGGAGAAUUAUACUUAUAAGUGAGGGUUCAGAAGUAUGAUAUGUGCUGGAUAUUUUGUCCGUAAAAAAAAAGAAAUUCAAACUUCAACCCAUUUUUUUUAUAUAUAUAUAUAUAUAUAUAUGAAGUUACAACGUAGAAAUUAUAAGUUAGUUGGUUUUUCCAGCUCUUUUUUUAUGUUUUUAAGGUUUGUGUUUAUUAAGAAAAAACAUUAUACUUAUAAAAAAAAAGACUUGUUAAAAAUAUUUUGAUGUAAUAAGAGAGUUAUAUUUGCUACUGAGAUAUUUAGAAAUUAUUUCUGGAUGGAAAUGGUAAACCAACGUGUCCAUCCUUUGUGACUCUGAAGGCACCUUUUUCGUUUGUUUUGUCUUCUGUAAAUUGAAUACAAAGGUUGAAAAUCCACACACACAAAAAAAAAUUUUCGCUUUAAGAAUAUAUUAAAUGAUGUUCUUUAAUGAUUGCUUUUCAAAUGUGCGAAAACGUUUUCACAACCCAGGACGGCAACGGUCAAGACUUUCAUCUUCUAGUCACGAGGUUGCGCUCUUUCUGGAACCGAUUUGAGAAUGUAAAGCUACUAAUCAUGUGAUCGUAUUCAAACUGUAGGAAAUUUUGAAGUUUGCGUUCAUCAUAUUAUGUUUGGAAUGUCGGUCUAUUUAGCCGAUCCUCUAAUCAAUAUAAUAAAUUAUUAGUUUGGAACUGAGGUAUGAAUGUAAAUAUGAUAUUGUGGGCGAUAAAUAAAUAAUUCUGGAAGAA